GAAACAAUCCUUACAAUUAAAGUUGGAGUAAAAUAAUACUCCGUACUCAAUAUUUGUUUGACUAAGUAGGAAUAUUUUGAUAAAGAGGCUAAAAUCGAAAAGUGGGAAAUUUUUUGUGAAGCAGAGGAAAUAUACACAAAGAUGUGCUCUCUUUUGGCAGGCAAUAUAUAUGCUAGCUUCAUACGGAAUAGUCAUAUGUAUGUGUGCUAAAUCUACCACUUAAUUUUCUCUUACUUAAUUUCAAUUUUCACAGUUCUACUCCUCUCUAUUUUCUAGCUGCCUUUAUAUCUGGCUCCAAAAUGGGAACAACAAAACAGAACAAUACUCUGCCUUUUCAGAUUGUUAUAUUGUUAGGUAUAACUUCAUUUCUUACCCUUAAUGCCGUGCAACAUCAACCGGGGCACCAUCAUCGACGACAAGGUGGUGUAAUUAACAAGUUCAUGCGACCGAAACUAGAGCUAAAACAAUGCAAUAUUUUCCAAGGUCAGUGGGUUUGGGAUCCUUCAUAUCCUAUGUAUGAUUCUUCUAAAUGUCCAGGCAUUCGCAAGGAAUUCGACUGCCAGAAGUACGGCCGCCCCGAUAAAUACUAUCUCAAGUUCCGGUGGCAGCCAGAUCACUGUGAUCUCCCAAGGUUUGAUGGGGUGGAAUUCCUAAAGAGAAUGGCGGGAAAGAAGAUAAUGUAUGUUGGGGAUUCACUUAGUCUUAACAAUUGGCAGUCAUUAGUGUGCCUGCUUCAUGCUGCUGUUCCAAACUCCAAUAUUACACAACAACAGACUAUUGGUGGAAUCAAAUCCUGGAUUUUUGGGGAUUAUGGUGUUUCAAUAAUAUCAUAUCCUUCUAACUACCUAGUCGACAUCGAGAGCGAGCAAAUAGGGCGAGUUCUAAAGCUCAACUCCCUUAAGGAUGGCAACAUUUGGAAAGAUACGGACGUUUUGAUUUUCAACACUUGGCUUUGGUGGACUGUGAAGGGGCCUAAGCAAUCUUGGGACUAUAUUCAAGAUGGGACGAUGAUAUUAAAGGAUAUGAACCGCAUGGAUGCAUAUAGAAAAGCAUUAACGACAUUGGCAAAUUGGGUAGAUUCUGAAAUCGAUCCUAUAAAGACUAGAGUUUUCUUCCAAGGAACCAAUCCUUCACACUACAAUGGACAAGAGUGGAAUGCAACGGGAGUGAUGGAUUGUUCAAAGGAGACGAUGCCUGUGAAAGGAUCAACAUACGCAGGUGAAGUACCACCAGCACUAGAGGUGGUGAAACAAGUGUUAAGUACCAUUUCGAAAUCCAUUCAUCUACUCGAUAUCACAACCCUCUCACAACUAAGGAAAGACGGGCACCCGAGUUCUUAUAAUGGGUUUAAGGGUAUGGAUUGUACUCAUUGGUGUGUGGCUGGCCUUCCUGAUAUUUGGAAUCAACUUUUGUAUACAUGUCUUUUUUACAUCUCAUUUUAGCAACCACCGCUGUCUGCUGAUAGAUAUAAGAAAAAUGCGGAUACAAGUAAACAUUUUAUAGAAACAGACAUACUGUGGACUGUGGAGUAACGGUGAGAGGGUAAAAUGCACAUGUAUUAACGCUAAAAUUGAAUAAAGCAUGUAAUUUGUUAACAUAUUUUAAAAACAGACUAAAAUCAAGCUUGUUAACAUUUUAUAGAAACAAA